ACGUCACUUCCGCUGUUGUAGAGCGUGGGUUACUUCCGGUGCUUAGUUUGCGACAGCCGGUUUAUGUAUUGCUGCGAAGAUGGCGUCUGGUAGCGGGGCUAAAAAUGACUUCAGAAGAAAAUGGGAUAAGGAUGAAUAUGAAAAGUUAGCUCAGAAACGCUUGACAGAAGAACGGGAAAAGAAAGAUGGCAAGCCAGCGCAACCAGUUAAGCGUGAGCUUUUACGGCACAGGGACUACAAAGUGGACCUGGAGUCAAAACUUGGGAAAACAAUUGUUAUCACAAAAACCACACCCCAGGCGGAGAUGGGAGGGUAUUACUGCAAUGUCUGUGACUGUGUUGUUAAGGAUUCAAUUAACUUUUUGGACCAUAUCAAUGGGAAAAAACAUCAGAGAAACCUGGGUAUGUCCAUGAGGGUGGAAAGGUCUUCCCUUGAUCAGGUCAAAAAAAGGUUUGAGGUGAAUAAAAAGAAGCUGGAGGAGAAGCAAAAAGAAUACGACUUUGAAGAGAGAAUGAAGGAACUGCGAGAAGAGGAGGAGAAAGCAAAAGCUUACAAGAAAGAAAAACAGAAAGAGAAGAAACGCAAAGCAGACGAAGACUUAAAUUAUGAAGAUGACAAUGAAAUGGCAGCAGUGAUGGGAUUCUCAGGAUUUGGAUCAUCUAAAAAGGGACACUGAACAUUGACAGUUGGAAAACUGUUGUUUCCUUUGGUAGUGAAAUAGCUGUUUUAACCCCAGUGCUUUAGCCAGAGCCAAGGAUAUUUUUUAUGAAAUGUGUUUGUCUCAUUCUGUCCAGUGCAACAGUCAACAUUUUUACAAAAUAAAAAAGUAAAAAACAGUUUCUAAUGGUGGGUUAAGGCGAUUGAGCAAG